AUGGAGAGCCCGGAGGACCACCAGAGACACCGGCAACGCGGGAAAGACAGAACUCGAGUGGCAUGCCGCCGGUGCAACUCGAAAAAGGUCAAGUGUGAUGCGGCACCUGGAGUUGCUUGUUCUGGAUGCCGGGUUGCGCGCGCGGAAUGCGUUCUAAUCGACUCGAAGCGUGGACGCUACAUUCGCCGAAAGAAAUCUUCAGCUGAGAGAGAGUCUCAGCAACAGCAGCAACAACUGCCUCAACUCAAUCAACAACUGCCUCCUCCUCCUCAUCGCCAGUCGCAGCAAAAGACCCCGGCUUCUUCAUCUGAUGAAUCUCCCCCGCGGGAUCCAUUGUCCAUUUCCGUCACAUCUCAGAAACCAAAGGCAGAGACUCGCCCAUCACAGCAACCUCUCGCGUCCAACGUGGAGCCCGUAGACGGCCAGCUCUUUCGCGGCCUAUCGCGAUCCUUUGAGCGUCGCGCACCCACCGACUCCAGCGCGCUGUUCUAUCUGCACAUUGCCGACCAGAGCGUGCGGCCGACGCAGCAGCCCAUCAGCGAUGCCAUCAGCACGUUUUACGCCGGAGACUCGUUCAGCCUCACUUAUGCCAUUCACGAUGUUCUCGCGCCGUUUCUGAGUGAUCGGAGCAACUACCAGAAGCGGCUUCACUUCCCCAUCGCCGAGGGCUUUGACCCCUCUGACCAGGGACGCGAGAACAUUGUGAAUGCCCAGAUAGCCCUGCUGCGUGAGAGGAACCUCUACUAUCGGCUGAGCCAAGAUGCCCUGGAAAGGAUGCUGGACGUCUACUUCCGGUGGUUCCAUCCCGCGUUUCCCCUCGUCAACCAGACCAAUUUCAUCGAAAAGUGCCACCGCAAUCAGAUGUCGCUGCUUGUUUUGAACGGCAUGUUACUGGUGGCAGCAAUCAUGUGCGACCCAGCCGAUAUCGCCAUGACGGGAUGUGAAAGCAGAGCCCACGCUCGGUCCGUCUUUUAUCGCCAAGCCAAAGCUCUAUACGAUGCAGAACUGGAUCCUGACAAGGUCAACAACGUAACUGCUGUGUUUUUCAUCAGCUUCUGGUGGGGAGGGUCCAACGACGAGAAGGAUUCGUGGCAUUGGCUGGGCGUUGCCGUGAGUCUGGCUCAGAGCCUGGGGAUGCAUAGAUCGACGGCCAAGUCACACAUGAGCGAUGAAAAGUCGAGGCACUGGAGACGCAUCUGGUGGUGUAUCCGGAUCCGAGACACAAUCGCAAGUGGUUCAACAGGCCGGCCACUGCAUAUUUCUCAUCGGGAUUGCGACGUAGAGCCCCUUGAGCCCAGCGACAUGGAUGACGACAACCAUUUGGGCGAUGAGGAAGCACUGUAUGCCUGUCAGAUGGCGCGUCUGUCGAUAAUAUUCGGGAGGAUUGUCAAGAUGAGAUACGCCGCAAUCCAGUCAACGAGUCUGAACCAAAAGGACCAAAUGGAAAAGGACUUGGAGAAUUUCAGGAUACAGGUUCCAGCCGCGUUACAAUACCGAGGGAUCAAUCCCGAAACGGGCCAAGGAUUGUGGUCUGCCAUGAUCCUCAUGGCUUACAACUAUAGCGUUAUUCUUCUCUACCGACCUACUAGCACGGGGAAUGACGCCGUUUCAAACUUCUGGGGGGACCGACCGAAAGCUGUGGCUGCCGCCAACGAGAUUACGAGAGUCAUGGAGGAUGUUCUUUCGACUUCCUUUGUGCGGCUCAGCCAAAUCCACACCAUCCCAGCUCUCUUUAACUCCCUAUCCAUGCACGUCUUCUCGCUAUGUACAUCCGGAAACGUUGGCAGAGAACUCGCCGAGAACCGCGCACGCACAUGCAUGCUGGGCCUAAACUGCCUUCAGGAAUCAUGGCCCGUCAGCGGGUGGAUUCUCAAGCUCUUCGUCGACAUCAUCGAGAGACUCCGCAGAAUGCUCACAAACAGGAGCAAGUCUGGCGAACUGAGCAGGGUGACGGCGAGCCCUGCUCCAGGCUAUUUACCGCCGCAACAGCCACGACAGGAAACGCCCCGUGGCUCGCAGAACCCCCAGCUCGCAACUAUGGAAGGCAUUGGCGAUCAGACACCGCUCGACAUGGCGGCAAAUCCCAUGGAUCCGCUCAUGAAGCCGCCUUUAGAAAUUCCGACGGGGGGUAUUCCCGUCUACCCAAACGAAUUUGCCCCAUACAGCACUACGAAUGCUGGCUUAUUUCCAAACUUAUUUGUGCUGGAUGAUCUCUUUGCCAAUCUAGAUGCGGGCCAAGUCAGCUUUUUUGAUUCAUUAGAAGUGCCCAACUACGACAAUGUUGAUGUCAUACCGUAUCAGGGCUGA